AUGACUUUCAAGAUUCGCCGGUGCUAUGCUUUUCCGAUCAUGAUGGCCACCUAUCUUCUUGGGAAUCUAUUGACCACAUUGUCAACACCUAUUCCAAUGGAGAUCAUGAUGGAGCACUCAGCCUAUGAGCUUGGGAGUGCAUCAAAGCCAAUUUCCGAAAAUACCGCCCUCAGAGGAGGGAUAGGAUCUGAUUUGUCGCACCAGGCUUCAGAGACCAGCUUUGUCAACAAGAAGUCUUUCGGUAGUGAUAACAGCUUUCCUCGCUCGGGUUAUCACGAUACAUUUAUAGAACAAGAGCAUGCCGCUUCUGGGGAAUGGAAACCUACGACUAAACAAAAGAAAGAUGGCAUUAUCGAACGGUUGAGAAAAUUUAAGACUGCCCGCUUCCGUCGUGGUCGUGCUCUUGCAAGGGAACUCUUUCCAAAGAAAUCUCCAAAGAAAAUCUCGCCUAUCGAUUCUGCAACCAAGAGAUUUUUCAAGACCCUUUUCAAACCUUUCAACCUCCUUUACAAAGGUAUCAAGAAGAUAAUCUCCAAAGCUUUGACAAAAAUCAGGUCUAAGACUAAACCAGUCAAAGGGGUGGAAGAAAGUGCGGUUAUCGAUCACGCAGGUUCUUUUCCCAAAUCGGGCCACUUAAACGGCGAGGGUGCUAGGUCUUUCGGAUCGUCAUCGACCUCAAGCUUCGGCGAGGACAAUGAGCACAUCGGCUUUCAUCCGCAAUCAUAUAGAGAAUACGAGUCAGGCGAGUCUUCUCGGUCAUUGGGGUCGGGAUCACAACAUGGAUACGAUGCCGAUGAGUCAUAUAGGUGGUCCUCGCAGUCGCCUGCAAGAUCAAGCCUCAAUGUGGAGAAAGGCCACUCCGAACCUUUUGGAUCUCUCCGUCCGCAAUCAAAUGAUGGCCUACACUUUCCCAUCGAUGAGACUAAUGUUUGGGAUGCACACUUCAAAGGAGCUCGCUACGAUCCUGCUCAAACCGCAUCGACUACCUCAACUGACCGAUCCGCUGCACAUCCAAAUCCCUCUGGUCUGGAAGGUAUCAAGAAUGAGAUUGACCUUGAUAAAUCGGCUAAGGCCAGGGAGCUGGAGACUAAAACUCGCGAAACUACCCCGCAUUCUCAAACGCACACCACAACCGAUGAUCAGAUUCCUCAUGUCAAUCUCGAUGACAUCUUACAUGGUGGUUCUGAGGGAAGCCAGGCGGAUAAGGUGAAAGCCCAAGUGAACCCAACCUCUGAUGUCACCCCGAAGGUUGAUACUACACCUCUCAAAACCGAGUCUAAAGCCCCUGAUGUCGACUCGAAAACUCAUGUUCAAGAUGGGAUCAAGGUUGAGAAAAAUCCUCCAAAUGAGAUCCCCAAAGUGGAGCUUAAUACUCAACCUGCUCAGGAGCUUCAUUCUCCGCCAGUAGAGAUCGCUCAAGAAACUAAGGAUCCUGCUCUCAAUUCGAAUGGCGCCUCUAUCUCAGAAGUCAAGGGAACUGUAGAUGAUAAGAAAUCGACUUCUCCGGUCGAGCUACCUAAAGCUCUCAAGAUAGAAAAUCCACCAGCGGUAAAGACUCCAGAAGUGGUGAAGACUCCGGGAUUGGUACCAGAUUCACCGGCGGUAAAUAACCCCUCAGUGGCAGACCCAUCAGUGACAGAAGUGCUGAAGACCCAACCAGUAGUAGAAACCCCACCAGCAGCUAAUAUACCACCUGUAGAAGCCGUCAAGAACCCUCAUGUUUUGAAAGAAGAAGUUACCAAUGCAGACAAAGCACGAUCAGAACUAUCUAAUGAAAUUUCCAAAAACCAUCAACCAAUCCAAGAAGGGGUGAUUAAAGACGCAAAAGUGAAGUCCGAUAUUCCUCCCAAAGGUUCUCUCGAAGCCACGCAUAGUGAUACAAAAGAGAGUCCGGUAAUCAUUGGCGCCAAAGACACGAAAGAUCCCAAUGCAGUUGAUCUCACCACGCAUGCCGUAGACACAAGUUUAUCUAAAACUCCACCCCUAUCUCUAGCUGAUAGAAUCAAGAAAGUUCAAAAUUUGUUGUCUUUGAGAAUACCAAAUUGGUUACAUCGGGAUCCUCAGGAUGAAGAGUUUAUUGAGAAUUUGGACUGGUCGUCGUCAGUUCAUGAUUCGAAAGGUGUGGCUGUUUUGACCUUCAAUGACAUUAUCCUUGGCUCAUUGGAGUUAGUUGAUCGAUUGUCAAAGAAGACAGGAUCUAAAACUUUCAAUAACAUAAAAUAA